GUGUUCUCAUACCUGACUUGCCUAUAAAUACAGUUAGCCCGUUGUACACACAAGUAACAAACUGAACUGCUUGUGCUGCUUGGUUGCCACUUCUCACAGUCCAUCAGCAACCGGUGAAGGAAGAGCGAUGAGGAAAAGCCAGAGUCACGAGUUCGAGGCCGAUGUUCCCGCCGCCGAGCUGUGGGAAGUCUAUGGCACGCUCCUUGCGGCGGAGCUGUUGCCUAAAUUGCUCCCGCAAGUCCUCGCAAAGGUCGAGCUCGUGAGCGGCGAUGGCGGCGUCGGCACCAUCUUGGAGCUGACGUUUCCUCCUGGAAUUCCUGGCCUGGAGAGUUACAAGGAGAAGUUUAUCACAGUUGACAACGAAAAAUUCAUCAAGGAGGCAGAAACAAUCGACGGGGACAUACUCAAGCUCGGGUUCGUCUAUUACAUGGUCAGGUUCGAGAUCAUUGCGAAAGGACCCACAUCUUCAGUGAUAAAAUCGACUAUUCAGUAUGAGAUCGAUGAAGCGCACCCGGAGCUUGAAGCUAUGGUCAGUACUGCACCUUUGGCAGCAACCGCUGAGAAAUUUGCAGGGUAUGUCAAGGAGCAGAAGAUCGCUCAGAGCAGUUCCUGAAAUAUCUCACAGCGAAAUGUAUCAGUAUUUCAACAGAAAUAAAUUGCUCAUUCCACCAUGUUGGGUAUUUUCCUUUGCACAGACAUUCUGUACCAGCGAAUUUUUUUGAGGUCCAUGUACCUCAACUUUGUUUUGAUAAUGAAGCUGGGAAUAACCUUUUUUGAUUAGAAAUGUACUGUAACUUUCAUGAUGUAUCAUCACAUACUUGGAAAAGAUUCUCACGCA